AUGAGCGGAAUGGCAGGGAUUUCGAUUAUAAUUUCUAUUGCCGAGUUUUUGUAUAUGUCGACUCAUAUGGGCGUCAAAGGGUACAAGAGGAGGAAAAUUUUAAACAAAGAAAAGAACCUUUUGUGGACGCAGGACAAGAUUUGGAAUCCUUACGAGAAUCCAGAUUAUCAACAAAAGCUUAGAGAGCAUAACAUAGAAAAUGGAAGUCUCAGUAGGCGGCGCAUCAAUUCCAGAUCGACGUCUGGCUACCAGACACCAACGCGCAGAGAGAGGCCAUUUUCUCCGCCGAAGAACAAUCAGCACGAAACAUCAGUGCUCAUUGAGCAUCCUCGAUCGAAAGGACCGACUCUUCCUCCCUAG